UGCAUUUUGGAACUACCCUUUGUCAUUAUGAGAUGUCGUCCUUAACCGCUUCGUUUGUCCAAAUUAAGUUUAACGACCUGCAGUUUUAUGAAAGCUGUGGAGGGGGAAGCUUCGGCAGUGUAUACAGAGCACAAUGGUUGCCUCAAGAAAAAGAAGUGGCGGUGAAGAAACUUCUGAAAAUAGAAAAAGAGGCAGAAAUCCUUAGCAUGCUCAGCCACAGAAACAUCAUCCAGUUUUAUGGAGCUGUACUUGAACCACCUAAUUACUGUAUAGUUACAGAAUAUGCUGCCUGUGGAUCACUGUAUGACUACAUUAAUAGCAAUAGGAGUGAAGACAUGGACAUGGAACAUAUAAUGGCCUGGGCCACAGAUGUAGCCAAAGGAAUGCAUUAUUUACACAUGGAGGCUCCAAUCCGUGUAAUACACAGAGAUCUCAAGUCUAGAAAUGUUGUCAUAACCAUGGAUGGAAUAUUAAAGAUAUGUGAUUUUGGUGCUUCAAGGUUCCAUUCCCAUACAACUCAUAUGUCCCUUGUAGGGACUUUUCCGUGGAUGGCUCCAGAGGUUAUUCAAAGUCUUCCUGUGUCUGAGACAUGUGAUACUUACUCAUAUGGGGUGGUUUUGUGGGAAAUGCUAACAAGGGAGGUUCCUUUUAAAGGACUUGAAGGAUUGCAAGUGGCUUGGCUCGUGGUAGAAAAAAACGAGAGGCUGACCAUUCCGAGCUCCUGUCCGAGAAGUUUUGCAGAACUCAUGCGCCAGUGCUGGGAUGCUGAUGCAAAGAAAAGACCAUCAUUCAAACAAAUAAUAGCAAACUUGGAAACUAUGUCAAAUGACAGCAAGCUGCCAGACCAGUGCAAUUCAUUUUUACAUAACAAGGCAGAAUGGAGAUGUGAAAUUGAGGAAACACUGGAGAGGCUGAAAAAGUUGGAGCGAGACUUGAGCUUUAAGGAGCAAGAACUGAAAGAACGAGAGAAGCAUUUAAAAAUGUGGGAGCAGAAGCUCACAGAACAGUCGCACACACCGCUGCUGCCCUCAUUUGAUAUAUGCUCAUGGACAGAAGAAGAUGUGUUGUUCUGGAUGCAACAGUUACUAAAGACAGAUGACAACUCGGCAUUGCAGAGUGUGUAUGCCACCCUGUUCAAGGAACAUCACAUUACAGGAAAGAGACUGCUCCUUCUGGAGGAAAGUGACCUCAAAGAUAUGGGCAUUGUCUCCAAAGGACAUAUCAUUCAUCUAAAGACAGCAAUUGAAAGAUUAACUCACGAUUAUCUGAACCUUUUUCAUUUCCCACCACUAACAAAAGAUCUGGCUAUAGAGAACGAAGAGGAAGAAAAGAUUGUGAACUUAGAACUCGUGUUUGGAUACCAUUUGAAAUCGGCUAACAUCCCAGAGGACUGCAAAUGGAAAAUGUACAUUGAGUUAGAUGGAGAUGAAAUUGCUAUAACGUACAUAAAGGACGUGACAUUCAGCAGAAGUCAGGCAGAAUCUGAGGUGCUGAGAAUGACUAAACCGCCAUUUGUAAUGGAGAAAUGGAUUUUUGGGAUAGCUGAAGACGAGUCGGUGCAGUGCACUGUGACCUAUGAGAGUGAUGUCAGAACUCCUAAAUUUACCAAACACAUUCAUAAAAUUCACUGGAACAAGAUGAAAAAGCAAGAUGCAGUGAAGUCAGUCCAACUAACAAUAAAGCUACCACUGCUGAACUCGGAGAGCAAGCCCAGCAAUGAUUCUAGUAAGAGUGUUGUUGACAGUAAUUGGCUCUACAUGUUAAGAAUGCGUCAGAUGGCGAUGGACAGGUCUCCUCAGCAUCCAAGUGGCUUACCUCGUUCGCAGUCAUCUAGCCUUACUAAUCUGUCACAAAUUUUACCAUACCUUCAGGACCAGGAAUCCUAUGCUGCUGCUGUCAGAAGAACACGUGUGAUUUCAACGUUACAAGUUACUCCUAUUACCUACUCACGCAGUUCAUCGCCAACCCAAUUUGGGAUGACUAUAAAUUUGUCCUCCUUGUCUCUGCAUAGUUCUAAAGGCAGCAGUGCUUCCAGCACAGCUUCAGAUAGUCCCUCCGAGAGAGAGAGGGCUCGCAAAAGGUCAAACAGAAACUAUUAUCACCAAAAUGCUCAAAGCUCAACCAUACAAAGAAGUGGAGGAAGGAGUCCUCAAGCAAGCAAUGGGAAAUAUUACAAGUCCUCCACAGUAGCACAAAGUCACCCAAGGACCCAUGAUUACAGGCCUCAUAGAAAUGGCCUAAGUCAGAGUAGACACAUACCAGGAAUGCCAGUGCCAACCACAGAGGUUAAUGGAGAAGAAAGCAAGGUUAAUGAUGGAGGGUGGACAAAAGUAGAAUAUGCCAAAAAAAAUCAUAAGCAACCUUUACCAAUCAAGUCGAAAAAAGAUAAACCCAAAGCAUCUACACGUAGUCGUCAAUAGCAUCAGUUUACACUCUAAUUUAUUUUAAAAGAUGCUAAUAUUUUAUCUAAUUUAAUUGGAUUUUUUAAACAUCAAGAACACCAUAACAAUUUAUAUAUAUUUAUAUUUUUG